AGCUGGGGCUGGGAGCUGGCAUUUACUUCAGUUUCCAAAUCAAAGGCGGCUAUUCAUUCCUGAGAGCUGCCUGAAUGUUCGUCUGCAUCCGGCCGCUUCAUUGAGAUGCUGCGCGCUGCCCGGGAGAGCUGGCCUGGGUGCAGCUGAGCUGCGGCCGCGGAGCCCAGCGCCCAGCUCUCUGCCCACCCCCCCCACCCCCAAGCUCCUCCAGCGCUCCCCACCCCAGGGCUCCGGCUCCGUUUGCUGCAUUCCCGGAGCAGCUGGCGGGCGGGCGUGUGUGCGGGGAACCUGCCCUGCCAGGCUGAGCGGGCAGUGUCGGCCGCCGGCCGCAGCGCUGAAGAUGUGCCCCACCCGGGCCACCCCGCGCUGAGACUGAGGCCUGCCUGCCACACCGCCCACCAUGUCUCAGAUGCUGCACAUCGAGAUCCCCAACUUUGGGAACACCGUGCUUGGCUGCCUCAAUGAGCAGCGCCUGCUGGGCCUCUACUGUGAUGUGUCCAUUGUGGUCAAGGGCCAGGCCUUCAAGGCCCACAGGGCCGUCCUGGCCGCCAGCAGCCUCUACUUCCGCGACUUGUUCAGUGGCAACAGCAAGAGCGCGUUCGAGCUGCCCGGCACGGUGCCGCCUGCUUGCUUCCAGCAGAUCCUGUCCUUCUGCUACACGGGCAAGCUCACCAUGGCGGCCAGCGAACAGCUCGUGGUCAUGUAUACGGCCGGCUUCCUGCAGAUCCAGAAUAUUGUGGAGCGUGGCACAGACCUCAUGUUCAAGGUGAGCUCGCCCCACUGCGACUCACAGACCGCCAUGAUCGAGGACACCAGCUCCGAGCCCCAGAGUCCCUGCAACCAGCUGCAGCCGGCUGCCACCGCCACUGCCGCCACCUACGUUGCAUCCCCUUCCGUGCCCAUCCCUCUGCUGACCCGUGUAAAGCAUGAAGCCAUGGAGUUGCCGCCCGCUGCUGGCCCAGGCCUGGCUCCUAAACGUCCGCUGGAGACAGGUCCCCGAGAUGGCGUGGCGGUGGCAGUGGGGACCGCUCCCGGUGCCGCCCCUCUCAAACUACCCCGGGUCUCCUACUACGGGGUCCCCAGCCUGGCCACCCUCAUCCCCAGCAUCCAGCAGGUGCCCUACCCCCAGGGGGAGCGGACCAGUCCUGGGGCCAGCAGCCUGCCCACCACCGACAGCCCCACCUCCUACCAUAACGAGGAGGAUGAGGAGGAUGACGAAGCCUAUGACACCAUGGUAGAGGAGCAGUAUGGCCAGAUGUACAUCAAGGCGACCGGCAGCUAUGCAGGUAACUCAUGGCUGGGGCCCAGCCCUGGGCCACCCUUGCAUCUAGCCCACAGAGGCCGUAGAGUGUGGUGGGCCCAAGUGGCACUCACAGUCUGGCUGGAGAGGCCGCUGUGCUGCAGGGAGGUGUGCAGGCUGGAGGAAGUGGCGGGAACUGAGACCCUGGGAGCAGGCUGGCAGGAGCCUUUCAUCAAGAAUCCUGCCUGGCACUGGACAGAUGAGGAAACUGAGGGUCUCAGUGGCCCAGGGAUCCCUUGA